AUGAAUAAUCCCCACUCGGAGAUCUUACAAGUAUUAAUACAGAAAGUAUUUGAAGAUCCUUUAAAUAGGCAACAACGCUUAAUUCAAAUACAUGCCAUAUCUCAACACACAAGUCUUAGCUCGGUAAAACAGUUUUUAACAGAUCUGCUCUGCGACAAAUAUCAGGCACAAUAUGACAAGUAUCCUCAUUCUUGUUCGUUUAUUUCUUUAGUAGAUUAUCAUUUAAAUAAUUAUGAUCUCGUUUGCAAUAUUUCCCGUGGGAGAUUUUCUACUGAACAAAGUUUCGAGCAAUUGAAGUAUUUACCACUUCAAUCUAUCAUCAAAGACAACAAAUCUUCUUUAUUUGAUGAGUAUUUGCAAAUUUGUCAUCAUUAUUACACAUUACAAGAGCCGGCAGAAAACAUCAGAUAUUGGAAUACCAUAGGGAAAAUCACACACUAUUUACAAGAAUUUUUCAACUCGUCUGAGCCUCCGCAUGUCUUUUUCAAUAUAAAAAAUUGUAUCGAGACUUCCUUACAAAAUUGGUUUGAUAAUGGAAAUUCGAAAUCGUUUGCCAGUGUAUUAGUUAAUUGGAAGAAAUUGAAAAAUAUUUUCAAAUUAUGGUCAUUAGAAUAUGAAAUUGAUUCAGCUUUGCUGCUCCAUAAUUUGCCACUUAUCAUUGUAUCCCUGCAUCAGUAUAAUCUUACUCCAAAUGAUAUGACAAAUCUACUUUCAUUCUUCUAUCAAUUAUCUCCUACUACAAUACAGCUUUUCAUAGAAAAUAUCGUACCCACACUAAUCAAGCCAUAUUCGCCAUCGUCUUUCUCCCCUUUCAUUUCUCAACUAACCAAUUUCAACAAUCAUUCCCAAGAUCCUUUAUACUCACAAUUUAUAACAUAUCUCAAUCAAUAUCAUAAAGAUUUGAUUUCAACUUCAACAUCAUCUCUAUCCAUGAAAUUUUAUAAAGAUUUUUGGAAUUACCUCAUUGAAACAAACUCAUCAAGCUCCGUUAUUCAAUCUAUUCUUGUGAAUCAUACACCGGGUCCAUUGAAUUUUUUAAAUAAAUAUUUAAAACAAAAAUUAUUUAAAUGGGUUAUAUUCGAUUUGCAGAAUCAAAUUUCAAACAAAAAUGAACAAACUAUUUCAUCCUUGGCUACUCUUGAUCAAUUUUUCAAAAUGACAACAACCAACAACUCCCAAAUAAAUGAAUCGUUAUCUCAUUUACACAACUUAUUAACCACAAUCUAUCCACCGACGAUCUCAACCCAUUUCAAUUUCCAAUUCAAUCAAGUUAUUUUAUCCAAGGAUGAAAUGUUCUGGUUUGGUAAUGCUCAACCACUUUCCUCCCUCACCACUACUACCACCACAUUAUGGCCUACUGAUUCAAUGCAAGCAUUAUGGUUAAAUCUUCAAGAAACAUACACCAAAGAAUCCAAAAUUUUACAACUAUCAUCCAACUAUAAUAUUGUAGAAACAACAACACCAAUCACGCUCGUUUACAAAGAUUUACAAGGUCAAUUGCACAAAACGGAAAAUAUAGUUAUCAUCUCUAAUUUAUCAAUUGCGUCUAUUUUACUUUUAUUCAACACUACGGAUUCUAUCUCACUUUCCCAAUUGAAACUUAAAUUACAAAUAGAUUCAAAAGAGAAAUUUGAUUGUUUGAAAAAUGGGCUGAUCACUUUGCAACGAUCAAAAUUGUUGAAAUUCGAUACCAAUGGAUUGUAUUCAAUUCAAUUGCUUCUAUAUACAAAAAAAUUUCCAACAAAAAAAUACGUCAUCGCUUAA